AUGCGUGCACGAAACCCUGAUGCCGCGGAAAGUGCUGUUGCAGCAGGUACGCCUACAGGUUACUAUCGAGACUCGACGUCUUCACCCGGAGGCCAAGCUAGCCCCAUGACGAAUGGCCUCACGUAUCCCCAGUACGCUACCAUGCGAGCAAGAUCUGGUCCACCGCGAAUUCAACGCGAAACUGCGAGCUUCAUGUCACCCAGUGAUACUGUGGGUGCAAGCGCAGCAUUCUCGAUGGUGGAUGUCGACCGCAUCUCCACGUCGCGACCUGGUAGUGCCCAUUCGGAGCAACCUCGUGGCCGCUCUCCACGACAAAGUGAAGAGCAACAAGCGUAUCUGCAGCAUCAGUCUCUGCACCAUCGUCGUACAAACAGCGGCCCAAGUUACCACAAUCAACGGAGUGAAAGUCAUCACAGCGCAGAGCCUACUAGCGAGGCUCAAAAGGAACAGAACAGUUCGACAAUGACUGGUACGGCCAGUACUACCAGCCAAGCAGCCGCAUGAGUAAGACCACGUGAUCUAAGACGCAUCAAAUUGUAUCGACGGCAGUGCAGUCUUGUUUUAUUUUGUUUUAAGCGCGAUGAACGUGGUAAAAUUCAAGAUUCC